GAAAUCAAAACAGAUGUCAGGAUCUGGAAGUGGAAGUGGUGCUGGACAUGGUGGAGGCUCCGGCGGCUCAAUCCGUGAAGCAGGUGGAUCACUCGGCAUGAUGGGCGCCACCAGAGAAGAAGAAUACUUCCGAAGACAACAAAAAGAUCAGUUGGACAAUCUCAAGAAGAAGCUUGAAGCAGAUAUGACGCAAAGCCAACAGGAAAUUCGGGAUCAUGAAAAGGUUCUCGAACAACAUCAGCAACGACUGAAGGAAAUCGAGAAAGGACACGGAACAUAAAAAAUAGAGGGCUUUUCAAACGGCUCUCUGUUCUUUUUGCAUCAUCAUUUUCAAUUUUCCCUUUCUUUUUAUGCAUACUUAUUCUCUCCUCUCUAUUUUCUCUCUCACACCGCAUUUCUUCAUCUUGCCUAUUGCAUCAUUUUUUUUUCGCUUACUGCACAUGUUUCGUCAAAUAGUAAACAUGGUUUUUAUGGCUUCACUUCAUAUUCUUCUCUCUUCAAUUUGAUUCGAUUUUCAUUUCGAUCAUUCUAUUUUUAUUUGUCGUUUGUAUGUUAGUUGAACUGAUUGUAGUAGUAUCAAUUUUC